AAUAUUCUUCAAAUUUAUAUGUAGUUAUUUUAUUUUGCUUCUAUUUAUUAUUCCACCUCACAUUCACAAACAUAUAAAAAAAAGGUUUUUAGAUGCUUCAAAUUAAAAAGCACUAAAAGAAGGCUAAUCCCAUUUGAAACUAAUUGAAAUUUAAAAUCCUCUAUAAACCCUGAGAAGAAAGGGCCUAAUCCAUAUCCUAAUCUCAGUCUUCAAGUAUGAUAUUGGUAUUGAUUUUGAUGUUGUAGGGAAGGACGCAAGCAAUUUCCGCGUGUUUAAACAAUUUGAGCACGCAAACUUCCAAGCUCGGAGAUACUCAAUUUUUAUCUGCUUUCUCGCUCUAGAUCUCGCUUUCUCUCUCUCUCUCUCUCUUUCGUUUUCCCCAAAUUCAGCAGCUUCGGCUUUUUUGGAAUUGUCGUAGAAAUUAUGUCCGACGCUUUGAUCAACGGCCUCGCCGGUGCCGGCGGUGGAAUUAUCGCUCAGCUCAUUACGUAUCCUCUCCAAACGGUAAAUACUCGGCAGCAAACAGAGAGGGAUCCGAAGAAGGAGAGGAGGAAAAUUGGGACUUUGGAGCAAAUGUAUCAGGUCGUAAAGCAAGAAGGGUGGGAUCGGCUGUAUGGAGGAUUAGCUCCGUCUCUCGUCGGCACUGCUACGUCUCAGGGUGUUUACUAUUAUUUCUAUCAAAUAUUCAGGAACAAGGCCGAGGUUGCUGCUCUUGAACGAAAGAGGAAAGGUUUUGGUGAUGGAUCAGUUGGAAUGCUCUCAUCGCUUGUGGUUGCUGCUAUGGCUGGGUGUGUGAAUGUGCUGCUGACAAAUCCUAUUUGGGUGGUCGUGACUCGCAUGCAGACACACACAAAGAAAAGCCAACCAAAUCGUACGGGUUUGCUGUCUUCUGAUGAUAUAAUUCCUUCUGCAGUGGAACCUCCUCCAUUUGGUACGACACUUGCGAUUCAAGAAGUUUAUGGUGAAGGGGGAGUCUUGGGAUUUUGGAGAGGUGUUUUCCCCACACUGAUAAUGGUAAGCAAUCCUUCAAUACAGUUUAUGCUGUAUGAGACUCUCCUGAAGAGGCUGAAGAAGCGACGGCUUUCAAGCAGUAAGGGUAACAGUAAUGUAACUGCCUUGGAGAUAUUUUUGCUGGGAGCUUUGGCAAAACUUGGAGCUACAGUUGUGACAUAUCCUCUUCUGGUUGUCAAGUCACGGCUUCAAGCAAAGCAAAUGGUUGCAGAUAAAAGGCAUCAAUACAGAGGCACCUUGGAUGCUAUCGCGAAGAUGAUACGCUAUGAAGGUUGCUACGGUUUCUACAAGGGCAUGAGCACGAAAAUCGUACAAAGUGUGCUUGCAGCUGCUGUUCUUUUCAUGGUGAAGGAAGAACUCGUCAAGGGUAGCAGAUGGUUGUUAACAAAGGGCGUCGUCGAUCCAGUAAAAUCGAAGCCACGGUGAUGUGCUCCGGUGUUGGGAGGCGACUGCCGCCGGAGAAACUACUGCUGGAAUCCCAAACUGGAUACGUUAUAAUAAAAAAAGAAAUUAUCAUUGUGUUGUAGCAGUUUAGCUUGCUGCUGCAUUAGUUCAAGUGUACACUAGUUCGCCAUGUCUGUACGGUGCAAAGAAAAAUUGAUGUUUAAAUUAGUCACAUAUUAUCGAUUAUUUGUGUUACUAUUGAAAAAUGUAACGUUUUGAAUAUAUUUACA